UCGUAAACCAAAAAAUUUUCUAAAACCAACUUUUGAUGUAGAGUUACAUUGUAUUUUAAAUCACAAAAAACAUAAUAUGUGACAGUUAAUAAAACUGUAGUGAACCGACAUUUACGUCAUAUCCAGUACGAACUCUUACAUAUUUUAAUAAUUAUAAAAUAAUAUGCAUACAUUACAGCUUCAUUAUAACACUAAAGGUCUGACGAAAAUUGUUUUACAGAAAGCACCCCGGCUUAAAUUAUUUCGUGUGCUACAAUCGUAGCUCUACGAGGCGGUCUCGUAGCGCCUCACGCGGCGUAGCAACAGUUGCAUUCGGUACGUGCUACAAAACGGGCGCACUCUACGGAAUACCAAAUAUUGCGAGGCUACGAAAGUUGUGAAUUACAAUGUGACCUACUUUGAAAAUCGCUAAUUGUUAAAUAAGUUUUAAUAAAUAGAUUUUACUUGAUAGUUAUGAAGGAUUUUUCGCUUUGUUUUAUUGUGAUGAUCAAGUGAAAAUGGGAAGUUUACCUGUAUUUUGGUGUUUUAUAUUUACAUACAUAAAAGUAAGCAUAUGCCUCCGUAUAGUCGGCAUAUCAGUGCCUCCAUUGAAGCAGCGCGGUGAGUCAGCGACCUUAACAUGUGAUUAUGACUUGGAGGGCGGAAGGCUGUACUCCGUCAAGUGGUACAGGGAUAAUGAGGAGUUCUACCGAUACAUGCCGCGGUUGAGGCCACCACAACACGCGCAUAAGCUGGAUGGAGUGAGGGUUGAUUUGGAGAAAUCGACAGCACGUCGUGUUCACAUGCGGGAGUUGACCCUUAAAUCCCGAGGGCUGUACCGGUGUGAGGUGUCUGAAGAAGCGCCUUCUUUUCAUUCAGCACAGUCAGAAGCAUUCAUGGAAGUCUAUUAUUUCCCGCGCGAAACGCCACGCAUCACGGGUCAUGAACGAGCUUAUCAGCUGAAAGAACCUCUUGACGUGAACUGCUCUUCGGCCAAGUCGUUCCCUGCGCCAGACCUUCAGUGGGUUGUGGACGGACAAAAGAUCACUGACAGAUCAUGGCUAAUUGCAUUCGGUGCGAAGCCAGCAUCGCAAGGGCUGCUUGUGUCCACGCUCGGUUUGAGAGCACCAACUAAACAGCGCAUGAAACUAAAAUGUGUCGCCACAAUAGGAACACAUCGGAGGGAAAGAACUGUUAUUAUAGAAGUAAAUACAUCGUGUUGGAACAAGCCGUUUAGUCUGUUAAUAAUUAUAGCUAUUAAAAUUAUUUGCGUAAAGAUAUCGUGAUAGUUGUAUGUAAAUAUUAUAAGUUAAUGUAAAUAAAGUUUCAUU